GAAAUAGAGGAUAUUAGUCCCAUAAUUAUGUUAUAGUAUUUUUUAUAACUAAAAAGAACGCCAACCUUCUUGAAACAAACCUCCGCCCCAGCACCACCGUGAGGGAAUAGUUUGGCCUCCGUCGUGCUGUUUUUCUUUAAGGAUUGAAUGACACUGCUUCCUGCCUCUCCCCGGUGACGGCGCUGCUUCCUACCUCUCUCCAGUGACGGCGCUUCUUCGUGCCCCCCUCUCCGGUGACGGUGCUGCUUCCUGCCUCUCUCUGGUGAUGGUGCAACGCAACACUUCUCCAUCGACGGCGCAACACAACGCAACGCAAUAGAAAAUAUAAACAUGCUCAAGUGGAUGAUAAAAAUGCUAUGGAGGACCAGGGGAAAUUAUCAGACAAUUGUGAGCUUCCACAAGCUGAAUCGUAAAACACAAGCUUCUGUUAAGUAUGUCCCUCAAAUUGAAGCUAAUGUUAGCAAUACUAAGAAUGACGCCGAAUCAAGUGCUAACAAGGAUAACGAGAGUGAUAACAUGGAUCAUCCUAGUAAGAAUCGCGUGGACAAUGUUCCUAAAGGUGAGCUAAAAAACAAUAUUAUCCUCAAAGAGUUAUCAUCAGAUCAAGAGAAAGUUGAAGCUAAUCGGGACGAUGAUGAAGAUUCGGUGGACACUUUUUUUAGAGAGGAUCAUGAAGAGGUUGUUGCGGAAACGCUGCCUCUUUUGGAGGCUGAACUUGUGACUAAUGAGAAUGAUGUGAGUAAGGGUAGAGAGCAACCUAUGACCCCAGAUGUGAUAGCUAAAGACUUGAACAUUAUCAAGAAUGCCAUGAUAAAAUCUCCUACUUUGGCUAGGGACAUUUUGGGCUGAAGUUGAAGGAGAUGAUGACAACCUGAAUGAUGAUAAUGAAAGUAAGGAUGCAGCUUCUUCUGCACCACCUCAGUUGAAGUUUAAGGUUUGUGUCAAAAUCCCAGAGAAAGAGAUUAAGGAAAAAAUGUCAACUACAAGUUCAGGGAAUCUGCAGGUUAUCAAACGCGCAUGCCAUUCAAAACUCUUCUCAAUGUUAAAGUUUCUUUAUUGGAACUGUAGGGGUCUUGGUAACUCUGGGACUCGUAAUUAUCUAAAGAAGAAGUUAUGCAAUAUAUACAAGCUUGAUUUCCUCUUCAUAGCAGAGCCUUGGAUGCCAAAUUUAACAUACAAUGCUUUUGCAUUUUUUCUCUUUUUGGCCUAAAAAAAACAGCGCUUGCAAAAGUGAUGCAACUGAAUUUAUAAAAAUAAAAUUUAAAAGAGAUACCCUAGUUUUCUUUGGUA